UUUUGCACAUUAUGCAAAAGUUACAUUCCAGUUAAUUAUGUCAAAAAAGGUCUUUUUAGUGCAAUUAUUAUUAUUAUUUACUUGUUAAAAAGAACUUCAGCUAUGAAUCUCCCUUUGCACAUUUACACUUUACACACUUUAUUGGCAGAAAAGAGGGGAAAAAAGUGCUGAUCUGUACCCAUGAUACAAAUCAGAGCAAUAUGUUGGGUUGUUUUCUAAGGGACUAGUGAAGAAAAGUCCUUUAAUUAAGAGCAAAUUUCAAAUGUGGCUAAAAUCAAUGAUUCUGUUCAUUAAAAGAAGACAAGUUAGAAAAGAGUUCAUGUAAAAGGGAAUGGGUGACUGGUACAGAGUUGCUUCUAAUUAUGUGCUCACAUAAUAAGCUAGAAAGUAUGAUAUGCUUUGUGUCAGAGGCUCGCUUAACAUCUCUCCAUCUCUUUUAUUUUACAGCAAUGCUGAGAAGAAGCAGUCGUUUACAGUCAAACGGCUACUAUGGCUGUGAUGGGAAACCAGUCAUCUCCUACAAGGAGACAAUGUACAGGUUUUUCAAAAGGUGCAAAUCUCAUUUACGUCCCAGAUUUGAUGGAUCACCAGAUACAGAACUGGGUACAGAACGGUAUACACCACCGUAUACACGACCGUAUACAGAACUGUAUACAUCACUGUAUAAAGAACUUGAUCCGGCAAUAGAUAAGCCCGAUCAAACUGGUCCUGCAAAUUGGCCAUGGAGGACGAUGGCUUUCGUCCUGUUCUUUUGUUCUGGACUCUUUUUGACUCUGGCUGUCCCCACUGGGUUCUCCAUCACCACUGUGAAAAAGGUCUUCACUGGGAGCUCCGAAGAUGUGUGGAUACACCUCAAGGAGGUCCGAGGGGAACUGGAGGAACUCAAGGAGCUCCGAGGGCAAUUGAAGGAACUCAAGGAGCUCCAAGAGGAACUCAAGGAGAAAAUGGAGUUCCUUCAUCCAUUAUCGGACACGAUGGCCAAUUUUGCCCUGGAGAGACUAGGAGCCAGGAUAUUAACUGAAAAGACUUCAGAGUCCUAUCCUCCAGAAGUGCCAGGAUUGACCUUGUUUGGGUUUACAGUGGUAAGUGCCAAACGGCCUCCACCUGUAAGCCCGAGAACCCUUCUUCAGGGAUGGGCACCAAAUAGUCCGGGGCAGUGCUGGGCCUUUAAAGGUUCAAAGGGACAGCUGUCAGUCGAGCUGUCCCACAGCAUAUAUGUCAGCCAUGUGUCAAUCGGGCACAUACCAAAGAACAUAUCCCCAUAUGGAACCAGAUCAAGUGCUCUGAGGAUGUUCUCAGUGUUUGGAAAACAAAAUAUCGAGGAUCCAAAAAUCUACCUGGGUACCUUUGAGUAUGAUGCCAGUGGAAGGCCACUUCAGUUAUUUAAGAUGGCGGUGAGUCCACUCUGUCAAUAGCCACAUGCACAUACACUGUUUAUUUCUCCAACUUAUUAAAAAUUAGAGUAAUCGUAGAUUAGUUCUUAAAUAUAGCUUUCCUGUUAGUAAUCAUUACUAAACUUACCGUCCUGUUGUGUUAUCAACAGGCACA